AUGAAGCUCUUAUCAGCUGCCGCUACGCUUCUCGUCUUCCUUGCCCCCAUUUCAACUACAGCUCGAAGCCUCGACAUCUUUCGGUCGUCUCAGUCCCCUAUCCAGGUUCAAGCCCAAUCUGUUGGAGGAGAUAAUCCUCUAGAGUAUUGUACGGAUCCAUCCGACAACAUUCUAGAUAUUCAGUCGGUGAAUCUAUCACCCAACCCUCCUCUUCCUGGCAAAACGCUCGUCAUCGAGGCUAAGGGUACCUUCCAUGAGAGGAUCGAGCAGGGCGCAUAUGUCCUUCUAGAAGUCAAAUAUGGCUUGAUCACUCUUAUCAGGCAAACUGCCGAUCUUUGCGAACAGAUCGUUAAUGUUGAUCUUAAGUGUCCUCUGGAGAAAGGUGAAAUGACCUUGACCAAGCAGGUCGACUUGCCGAAGCAGAUCCCUCCCGGCAAGUACACUGUACACGCAGAUGUCUACACCAAUGAUGACAGGCGUAUUACUUGCCUUGAUGCCCGCAACAUUGAAUUCAAGGGCCCAUUCUAA